AUGAGCCGCUCAUCUACCGAAACAUGCUGGACUUGUCGGGUUCGCAAGAAGAAGUGCGACCGAAAGCGGCCCACCUGCAGUGCCUGUCAUUCACUUGACAUUACCUGCUACAAUGGCAACAACCGUCCAAGCUGGGUUGACAAUGAUCUCGAACGAGAUCAAUUUGCGGGUCGAAUCAAAGCGCAGAUCAAAGAAAAGGCGGAAUGCCGUCGCGAAAAGAGCUAUGUAAAAGUCCUGCCACUCGGAAGGGUGAGGAAGCCAAAGACGGACUCAGCUGCAGCUGGUCACACCCCCAAAAAACAUCAGCCCAGGCAAAGUACUCAAGCCCACGAGGGAGCUCUCAAGGAUCUAUCUUGCUAUGGAUGUUCCAAGAAUGGCUUUUCGCCGCCUGAAAGUGUUUCCGACAACCCUGCUCUACUCGGAAUCAGCAACGACAUUGACACUGAUCUCGAGAUUACGUUUUUGGACUAUGCUUUCCCCUUUCUGUUCCCAUUCUACCGCCCCUCCAUUUUUAAAGGAGGACGCGGCUGGCUGCUGGCAACACUGAGAAAGAGCAUGCCGCUCUUCCAUACGGCCAUGGGCUUCAGCACAUACUUUUUUAUUUUGGUCAUGACAGACAUUGCAAAUGGAGAGCACGAAGUAUGCAAAGGACUCGUUGAAGGAAAACUCGUAUCUCAUGUGGAUACUGCAAUCAAAGCUAUGAGACAAGGGAUAGAAGAUCUGGCCGCCUGUGGAGAACUUGCUUCGAUCGAAGAAAAGGCGCACCUCAUGGAGGGUGUUGUACAGCUUCUGGUGUUUGAGACAAACAUUUCAGCAACUAAUGAAUGGGGUAUUCAUCUUAACGCCGCAGUAUCUCUUUUUAAAGAGAUAUUCGAGCAAAACAACCCUCAAGGUGGCAGAAUGGAUCUCGACUUGGUGUUAGCCAAGAUGCAGAAAACUGGAUGGGCAGCUACUUGGAAGAUUCUGUGGGCUGUCAAAGCUGGAUUCUACUCUUAG